AUGGGCAUUCUUCUCUCCGAAAAUGGAAUUGGCCUAACAGAAGAAAGAGUUAGAGCUUUGCAAGAAACAAGGUAGCCUGCCACUGUCAGUGAAGUAAGAAGUUUCCUGGGAUUGGCCAAUUACAACAGCAGAUUCAUUCCUCAUUUUGCUACCCUCUCCGAAACAUUGAGGAAACUAACCAGGAAGGAUGUUCCAUUUCAAUAUGGACCCGAGCAAGAACUUGUUUUUAAGACCUUGAAACAGAGAGUGGCCGAAGCAGGAACAUUAGCAUACUUUGACAAAAUUGCAGCAACCAAAGUCAUUGCAGAUGCAAGUCCAGCUGGCCUUGGAGCCGUGUUAGUACAGAACAAGAAUGGAGCAUGGAUGUCGAUUUGCAAUGCAAGCCGCGGCCUCAGAGAUUGUGAGCGCAAGUACUCCCACACCGAAAAAAGAAGUCUUUUCUCUUGUACACUUAUAAAAUGAAAUUUGAUCUGGUUACUGACCACAAAUCCGUUACAAGUCAUCUAUGGGCUCCGUUCCAGGCCCUGCGCCCGCAUUGAAUAUUGGGUAAUGCGCCUACGACCCUACUACUUCCGGAUUGUGUAUACUCCAGGGAAGAGCAAUAUAGCUGAUCCACUCUCCAGUCUGUUAAAGCUGGACAAAGCAGCGAAUCAUUAACACGGAGCAGACGAUUAUGUCCGAUUCGCAGCCGUCAGUGCCACACCACGAGCACUAGCUACAAGAGAACUUGAAGAAGCAGUCGCGGUGGAUGAAGGGUUGAAAGCUCCGAGAGAAGCAAUUAAAACCGGCCGAUUUGAGAAAUGCAAGGGUGAUGCACUAACCGCAGGUGAACUGUACGUUAUUGCACAUCUACUCCUAAGAGGUACCCAUAUUGUACUGCCGAAGACGCUCAGGUCUCAAGCAAUCACCUUAGCCCAUGAGGGACACUUGGGCAUCGUGGGGAUAAAGCAAAAUUUGAAAGGUAAAGUGUAA